AUGAUUCCUCAUCAGACAUCGCAUCCACGGCGUGUUGCACCCUCAACAGGCGACUGCACCCAGUCCGACAGGAGUGUUGCUAUCACUGAGCUCGAGAAUGCAGUCGCUCACUUCCAAGCUACACUGACGGAUGAUGAUCGAAAACGCCUACAGGGCUUGAAGAACCUACCGCAUGAUGCCCAGUCGAUCAUUGUGUUUACAGCUGAGCUAGAUAUGCAGCAAAGUGGAAACCGGAGAGGUAAAAGCAUAGCUUCACGGCUUACAUCAUUUCUACAAAUUAUCCAACAAUUCACUCCCAUCAUCGAUACAUAUAUUCAAUCGAAUCCUGAUAUCAGCGCACUCAUCUGGGGUUCAAUUAAGUUGACAUUUAUGUUUCUCGCAAACUUUCUAUCCCAAUUUCAAUCCUUCGUUGAAUUAUUGCAAGGUUUCGGCUCUCUAUAUUCCAGACUUGGACACUAUCAGAUACUUUUCCAAGACUCGACCCGCUUGAAUGAUUCAAUUUGUCAAUUCCACACGUCUGUGAUUCUCUGCUGUGAAAAGGUUAUUUACCUUAUCCGUCAAUCUACAUUGACCAGUCAAGUCUGGAGAGCCAUCACAUGCUCAUUUCAGACUGAGAUUCGGAGCCAUGUCGAAAACGUCAAGACAAAAGCCGAGAAUGCGCAGAGCGAAAUUGAGUUGGCUAAAGCACAAGCUGAUUGCCAUGAGCAACAGCAGCAGACUGAGGAGAGGCAAAAGGCCUCAGAUUACAGACAGCAACUCUCUACGUGGGCAACAAAGUACAGCGCUGCCAUGAAAGAUUUGCAAGAUCUCAAGGAAAAGCAUGGCAGAGACAAGAAGCGAAGCAGGCUUAUCAAUGAGCUAGCAUCUUAUAAUUUCAUGCCAACAUUCAACAGCAUGCGCAACAAACGCCACAUGGGCACCGCUGAAUGGUGUUUUCACACACCUGAAUAUCAAGAGUGGGCUAACGCCAACAAAACAGCCGUCCUCCAUAUCACAGGGAAGAUCGGAUCUGGAAAGACAAUCUUAGCAUCCUCAAUUAUAGAGCGGCUGUGCCGUGCUCCAGUAUCUCGACAAUUCACCUCCUUCUUUUUCCUUCGUUUUGACGAAAGGAAAAGUCUCUCUGCCUCGACAGUUAUUCGGUCUUGUCUCCAGCAGCUUUUGGCAUCCCCUUUGAUCCAAAGCUUGGACUCAAGUGCCAUCUCUGAGCUGGAUGGCUGUCUAGAGCAAGCUAAGUCGUCGAUGUUCUCAGUUGAGUCAUUGAGAUUACUUUAUACUACCGCAGCAAAGAGCCUAGAUGAUUGGUUUAUUGUCAUCGACGGGUUGGACGAGGUCGACAUCGCAAGACAGAUAGGACUGUUGAAAUUCCUUCGCGAAGUUUUUAACCAGCUCCCAGAACCCCGUCGAAUCAAAGUAAUACUGUCAUCCCGCGAAACAUGCUCAAGCGACAUCGACCGAAUUCUAUCUGAAGCCACUCGUCUCUAUACUGGAUUGAAGCCUACGAGUUCAGAUAUUCGGUUGUAUGCCGAGGAUAUCAUUACGAACAAGGUUGCAUCCAAGGAGCUUAUAGUCAGUGAUCCAGAGCUGGUUGAUGAGAUCAUUGAAGUGAUACAUCAAAAGGAAAAGGGGAUGUUCUUGUGGGUUUUCCUCACGAUUGAUGACAUCUGCUCUCGAAAGUCUGAUAAGGACAUCAGACAGGCACUACGAGAUAUCCCAGUCGACCUCCCAGCCACAUUUGACCGCACCCUUGGCCGUAUAGCCGCAAAGAAAAACAACAAAUCGAUCGUUCAGAAGGCAUUCAUUCUGAUUCAAGGGUCUUUUGAGCCACUAACCCUUGAUCAACUUCGCGAGGCUCUCUCAGUCGAGAUAGGCCAGCAGACCCUUGACCAGGACGAUCUUGUUAGUGGCAUAGAUCGCCUACCUACGUGGUGCGAGAAUCUUAUAUGCGUGGAAGAGUCAGGUACUGUCCACUUUAGCCACCACUCGAUUGAGAAAUACCUUCUUACCCCAGGCUCGAGAGACUUUGGGGAUUUUCAUCUUGACGCAGACAAGUGUGAUCAAUUCAUGGGUGAGCUAUGCGUCACAUAUAUCAGCCUGGAUAACUUCCAGAGGGCAGUGGGAUUCGCGAGGAGCUUCAAUACAGACUCUUCGCACAUGAAUAUCGACAUGGGGGGACUGGCUGAGCAGACAAUGCAAAGCGCAGUCGGAGGUAGAAUUGGGUCCCUGAUUGGACGAUUUACACGAGAAGCCGUUCUGGCUUCGCGGUCAAGGAAGGCUCAACUUGGCAGAGUUCAAUGGACCGACUCCAUGCUCUCUUCAAUUCCCAUGCAUAGUUUCGGCCCUGCUCAGAGCACGAAGGGAUACACAUUCUUUGAAUAUGCCUCCGAACACUGGUUUAAGCAUCAGCUUUGUAUCGACUCGAUCAAGAACGAGGCUACAUGGAGAUUACUAGGCCAGAUUCUGCGAAGGCCCCGUCAAUACUCCCAGGGCGAGCCAUGGUUUGAGCUAGCCUGGACAAAGGGUGUCAGCGAGAUCGUCGGCAAUGAUGUCCUCUUAUUUGGCCCAGGGUUUGACUCGUACCGAGAAACCGCUGUAUCCCUGGAGACAGAUGAGAACAGCAGGCUCAUCAAUACAUCCACGCUAAGAGACCUUUGCCACGUUUUUAUGUAUGCCAUUCAGAAACGUAACGCAGGUCUUGCUUGCCGUGUGUUCAUGCUGCUCGUCGAGGACUACAAGAGGCCAGCGAAUCGCCGUCUUCACGGUUACCUUUCGGUUAUCAUAAACAGGAUGGCAGUGAGCAAGAAUCACGAGAUCUGUGAGAAUCGAUGUCUCAGCCGUGCAAGACUGCAACUAAACCACGUUGAUCUUGUCCGAGAAUUGAGGGCAGCGGUCGCUAGUGGAAUCUCAUAUUUCCCCCCGCUAGAUGGGAACGAGGCGCUUCGGAGCUGUACAUGUCCACGGGAAGCCGAUUAUUCCUUAAGGGAAGAAAUGUGUCAGCUUCUCGAGACUGGCUAUCGGCGACAUGAACAACCAUAUCUGUAUCCGUUCGCAGUCUUGGCUGAAGAACUCGGCACUGGUUCUUCAGUCGAAAGAUUACGUAACUUCAACCACGACAAACGGUUUGAAGUGGAGUUAAUCCUUUCUUCCAGGACGCGCCUGGGGAGAUCAUUCUUUGACAUUUUAAUCGAAGGGGCUUUGGUUGACAUGGAGCGUAUGAAAGUCUUCCUAGCAGAACGACUUCGUUCACCACAGAGACCGCGCGUUCAAGAUCAUGGUCUAUUUGGAUUCUUGGGGAAUUCAGAUCAGAGCCAACAUGUUUAUCUGCAGCGACGCCUGGACAGCACUCUUGCUUUUCUAGGUACCGUGCAGGCGGCAAAGUCAAGUGACAUACAGGUUGUUGAACGCUCACUGGCGAAGUGCUUAGAGGCUGGAGGAUAUUGCUACGGCAUCGCUGGCCAGUAUCCAUAUGCCAGGGCAUGGUAA